AUGGCUGCCGUGGCUGUGGCAGCGGCUUCCCUGUCCCCCGAGGCAGAGAAACUGUCUAAGCUCCAGGAGAAAGUCGCAGACCUCGACCAGAUCAGGUCAGAAAGCGCCUUCUGUACCGUAAUGUGGACGGAUCUAUUGUUUAUCCUUUUCUCCCUAGAUGCAUGCUCUCAGAUCCGGCUCGAUUCGAAAUCUCUUGCAGUGAGAACGAAAAGGUCGGAUUCAUCAGCCUCGUUACGAGAUACCUGAGGUAGGUUCGAAUCCUUUGUGGUUUUAUUUUUCAGUAAUUGACGUUGGCUCGAGGCGUAUUUAUUUGUGGAGGCACUUCAAGACGUUGGUAUCUUCUUCUGAUUACGCCAGCAAUCCUCUUGUUCUUCCGUUUCUCCUAUUUUUUAGUGGAGAAGCACAGGAGAUCGAAUGGAGCAAGAUCCAGACACCGACAGAAGAAGUGGUCGUGCCUUAUGACAGCUUGCGACCUCCUCCAGAAGGUACCUAUCACUCUACUUGGUUAUCCAGGAUCACUUUUUGGAGAUUGGUUUUUGACUGUGCUGGAUCCAUUUAGAUAUUGAAUCAACGAAGCAGCUUCUUGACAAGCUCGUCGUCCUGAAGCUCAAUGGAGGUUUGGGAACGACGAUGGGCUGCACUGGCCCAAAGUGAGAUUCAUUGUCUUUCCUCUGUGAUGUUUUUCUCUUCUUUUUCUGGGAGAAUUUGGUUGAUUGAGGAAUCGAAACAAUUAUCUGUGUUGCUUUACAGUAGCACAUCGUCUUGUUAUUCCAUUGUGCUCUUGUCUCUCUAAGUUCCGUGAUAAUGCUCUCGGGCUUUGCAUUAGUUGCACACUUGAUCUUCUUGAACGUCAGAGGCAGUGCUUAUUAGUACGUUAUACUCGCUGGGGGCUGACUGCACAUGCUCAAGAAUACAUAGGAAAAAUGUUCUUCUAGUUGAAAGAUUUUUAUCAGCCUUGCAGGUUCGGACAACCUGUCUUGUGAUUUAAGUUUAUGGUUCAAUCCUCCACUUGCAAAACAGAACCUCAUUGUUAUUUUCCACAUCACAGCCGACAACUUGUAGAAGUCAAUGCGAAUGAAUUUGCAUGUAAAACAGAUGACAGAUUUCAAUAUCUAUAUUCAGAGACAGUUGCAAAUGGGAAAAUUAAAAUGAGUUUCUCGUGUUCCCUGUCUACCUAUUAUUCGUGCUGGAUAAGACACAUGGCAGAAAACAUGUUUCUUAAAGGAAGGGAAGAAGGGGUACACCAUUCAUGUCUGUCGGAUCUCAGUGUCCAUUGUCAUCUUCAUGGUUUAUGGAUUAUUAUAUGGCGAAGUUGAUUGAACUGAUGCCUAUGGAACCUUCAAGUUUAUUUUUUUCUGGAAUGUCGUGAGAAAGAUAGAGUAGCUUAUUUUUGCAUCCGUACAGCGAUUUUCUUGAAACAUUUUUAUUUACUCUGUGGUGUAUUCAUAAUUCACCGCAGAUCUGUAAUUGAAGUUCGAGAUGGAUUGACAUUUCUUGACCUGAUUGUCGUACAAAUUGAGGUAUAAGAUUUCUCAUUUCAAUGUAAUUUCUGAGACUGCGUACAGUGUAACUGAUAUUUGUCUGCAUUGAGUAGUCUCUAAAUGCCAAAUACGGAUGCAAUGUUCCACUUGUUCUGAUGAACUCAUUCAAUACACACGAUGAUACACUGAAGGUGAGUCCCUUUUUCCUUGACUUCGAGGUAGAAGCCAUAGGAAAGAGAAGUCUGCAUUCUUGCUUCAAUUUUAACAUUCUGGUAUAUUAUUCGUGAAGAUUGUGGAGAAAUAUUCGAAUUCAAAUAUUGCGAUACAUACUUUUAAUCAGGCAAGUGUAUUCUGCUUUUUAUGUGAUUAUUACCUGUGCUUUAAGUUUUACCAUAGUUCUUAUGGUGUUCAAUCCAAAAAUUCAGAGCCAAUACCCUCGUUUGGUUGUUGAAGAUUUUGUUCCACUACCAAGCAAAGUUCAGAUAGGGAAAGAUGGCUGGUAGGUAUCUUAUGUCACAUGCUUGUUAGCUUCUGUUCUCUACAAUACCAGAGUCCUCAUCAAAACCUAAAUGGUGCUUUACUUAUGUGUGCACUCUUCAAUUCUGUAGGUAUCCUCCUGGCCAUGGUGACGUGUUUCCUUCCUUGGCAAACAGUGGCAAGCUUGAUUUCUUCCUAUCACAGGUUUGCAUUGUAAAGUUGGUUUUAUCAUACUGUCUAUAAGUUUUUGUUAUUUUUAGUCUACAUCUUAAUUCGUAUUUUCUUCCAGGGCAAAGAGUAUGUCUUUGUUGCCAACUCCGACAACUUGGGUGCGAUUGUCGAUAUAAGUAUCCUAUAGUCGACCCGUUUGUUUUUCUUCUUGCCUUCAUCAAUGCUACAACCGUGCGAGUCUCAAUUUAAUCAACAUAGAUUCUCCUUGACUAACGUGAAUAGAGAUAUUGAGUCACUUAAUCCACAACCAAAAUGAGUACUGCAUGGAGGUUCAAAUGCUGCCGCUGAUUAAAUAAAUGUAACCAUGAUGGAUCCAUAGUGAUAUUGAUUUUCUGAACAUACUUUCUCUCAGGUUACACCUAAAACCUUGGCAGAUGUUAAAGGUGGUACCCUGAUUUCAUAUGAAGGGAGGGUUCAGGUAUGUGGUGGGGAGUUAUUGUUAAUUUGUAUGCAUACUAGAUUUCUCAAGAUGUUGGAUGUUGACAUCAUUGCCCUUAAAAAAGAAACAAAUAAAGAAACACAGAAGAAACAAUCUCCAGUUCUGUUGGUGCCAUUUCGAGUAUCGUUAUUGUUAGGUUGUUAUUGUUUGCUCAGGUGAAACUACCACCAGUUUGAUUCCUUAUCUUGCAAUCUAAUGAUUGAAUAAAUAUUGAUUGAUUUAAGUUGGCGAGAUGAUUCGUGUGCAGAUUGUUUAUUUCCUCCUCGUCGUAAUGUGUAAUUUGUAUUCAUUUAUUAAGCUCUUGCUCAGCGAUCAGUGACUUUGCUCUUGCUACAAUGAAAUGCAGCUCCUAGAAAUCGCCCAGGUUCCUGACGAGCACGUAAGUAAUGCUGGCCUCCAUCUUCCUAUUGUACCGAUAACUAGGUGACAGCGAUGAAUUGAACUCCACAGCUUUUGAACUGCUGCCGUCCCGUUUUUCUUAAUUUCUCUCUCCAGGUGAAUGAAUUCAAGUCGAUCGAAAAAUUCAAGAUCUUCAACACCAACAACCUGUACGAUCCUUUCCUUAGCCUCGAUAUCUGACCUCAUCGCGUUCAAAGUUCUUACGGAAGAUAUUUCCGCAGAUGGAUCAACCUGAAGGCCAUAAAGCGUCUCGUUGAGGGUGAUGCACUGAAGAUGGAGAUCAUUCCCAACCCAAAGGUCCGCGUCACUCUUUGCUCCUCAGCGUACACACCCCAUCGUUUCCCCCUCUCCCCAUCAAGUAACCCAAACUCCGACUUUGCAGGAGGUAGAUGGUGUUAAAAUCCUCCAGCUGGAAACAGCAGCCGGGGCAGCGAUCCGCGUAAGCUCGAAUAUCAACAUUUAUGUUUCUCCAUAAAUCUCCCCCGCCCUGUUUUUUUACCGCAAGCGUUCUCUUUUCUUUCCUGAUAGUUCUUCGAUAAUGCUAUCGGGGUCAACGUCCCUCGAUCCCGGUUCCUCCCCGUAAAGGCCACGUCAGACUUGCUUCUCGUCCAGGUCAGCGGAACGGGUCUCACCACUCUUUCUCCUCAGAUAUGUAACCCCAUCUCUCGUCUUCUCUUAACUGCAUCCCACCGCGCUGCAGUCGGACCUCUACACGUUGGCCGACGGCUUUCUGGUCCGGAACAAAGCUAGGACCAACCCCGCCAACCCUGCCAUCGACUUGGGUCCGGAAUUCAAGAAGGUGGACUUCCCUCGUCCGACUGAUUCCUUUUGGUCUUCUCUUGUUUCAUCUCUCUGUAAUCGUGUGAUUUCCCUUGCAGGUUUCCAGCUUCCUCUCCCGGUUUAAGUCCAUUCCCAGCAUCAUUGACCUCGACAGCUUGAAGGUCGUCGGCGAUGUCUCCUUCGGGGCCAAUGUAGUCCUCGAGGUACUGAGUUUACCCCUUCAACAGUCAAGCCACCAGCUUGAAGGUACUCGAAACAUCAUCCCACCCUCUCCCCCUCUCGGCAGGGCAAAGUGGUCGUCACUGCUGAUCCCGGAGAGAAGCUGCUGAUCCCCGACGGGGCCACCCUGGAGGGCUAG